UUUGAUUCCGCCAUAAAUAAUCCUCUCGCUUCUUUGCUAAUUUUGCGCCCGGAUAGACCGAAGCAAUGGAGGUGACGAUGGAUCCUUUGUUUCUGGCGUGGAGUUACUUCAGGAGGCGGAAGUUACAACAGUGCUCAGAAAUUUGUUCCAAAAUAUUACAAGACAGCCCGUAUGACCAGGGCUCCUCCUUGUCUAUUUCUGAGGCUGCAUGGAGCCUGAAAACAAGGGCUCUUACUGAGAUGGUAUACAUUGAUGAAAUUGAGGUUGAUCAAGAAGGGAUUUCUGAGAUGUUGUUGGAUGAAAACGCCAUUGCUCAGGUUGCACGCCCUGGAACUUCUCUGAGACUGCCUGGAACAAGUCAGGGGGGUGGUCCCACACCUGCGGUCAGGCCUAUGACUCAGUCAGGACGUCCCAUCACAGGAUUUGUGAGGCCCAACACCCAGUCAGGGCGUCCUGGAACGAUGGAGCAGGCCAUUAAAACGCCACGCACCGCAAGUACGGCCCGGCCCGUCACCAGCGCCUCGGGUCGAUUCAUUCGUCUGGGAACGGCUUCAAUGUUAACCAAUCCAGAGGGACCAUUUAUAAACCUGUCAAGGCUAAAUAUGUCAAAGUAUUCCCAAAAGCCCAAUCUGUCGAGGACACUCUUCGAGUACAUCUUCCAUCAUGAAAAUGAUGUAAAAAACGCGCUAGAUUUGGCUGCUCAAGCAACUGAGCAGGCUCAGUUCAAAGACUGGUGGUGGAAAGUCCAGCUCGGAAAAUGCUACUGCAGGCUCAGUUUGUAUCGAGAGGCCGAAAAACAGUUUCGAUCAGCUCUCACCCACCAAGAGAUGGUGGAUACAUACCUGUAUCUUGCUAAGCUCUAUCAGCGCCUGGAUCAACCAAUAACAGCACUCAACCUCUUCAAACAAGGCUUGGACCACUUUCCUGGCGAGGUCACCCUCCUGACGGGAAUCGCUCGCAUUCAUGAGGAGAUGAACAACAUGGCGUCAGCCACAGAGUACUACAAAGACGUCCUGAAGCAGGACAACACACACGUGGAGGCUAUAGCUUGUAUAGGCAGCAAUCACUUCUACUCAGAUCAACCUGAGAUAGCGCUGCGCUUCUACAGGCGGCUUCUCCAGAUGGGGGUGUAUAAUUGCCAACUAUACAACAACCUAGGCCUGUGCUGCUUCUAUGCGCAGCAGUACGACAUGACACUGUCGUCUUUCGAGAGAGCACUGGCCCUGGUGGCCAACGAUGAAGAGCAGGCUGAUGUGUGGUACAACGUCGGACAAGUCGCUGUGGGAAUAGGAGACCUGACUUUGGCUUACCAGUGUUUUAAACUGACGUUGGCUUUUAAUAAUGACCACGCUGAGGCGUACAAUAACCUUGCAGUGCUGGAGCUGCGCAAAGGUCGUGUUGAACAGUCAAAAGCCUUCCUGCAGACGGCUGCUACAUUGUCCCCUCACAUGUAUGAGCCGCACUACAAUCUCUCCAUUCUCUCUGAAAAGAUUGGAGAUCUACAGACCAGCUACAUGGCGGCCCAAAAGUCUGAAGACGCCUUCCCUGAGCACGUCGACACUCAGCAGGUCCUGGUGCAACUUCGCCAGCAUUUUGCAGCGCUGUGAACUCUUGGAGUGGUUUGAAUAACACUGCUUUAACAUUUUCAAAACAUUUCUUCAUCAAAUGUAUGAGAAAUAAGUUUUGAUACAACAUUUUAUUUGUAUUACAGUAUAUGACCGAAGAUUCACCAAAAGCACAGCUAUUGCUCACAGGCUCUGCUUUCUGCAGUAAAUCCUAAUUUAUGUACUUUAUAUGAUGUUUAGAGAUAUUUGUAACAGUUAAGUUUGCAACUGAGGCUCCAGCUGCUGGUGUAUAACCUGGAUAACUGUAAUAUAUGUGAGUAAGUCAUUGUAGGGCAACUGGCAACAUAGUGUACAAACAUGUAAAGUAAUGUGUAUGUGGUAAAGAGAAAUAUUUUAUUGAUUGUUUAUAAAGACAUUUUGUAGUUUGUUAAUGAAUCAGAUAAAUUGUAACAAUCCUUGACUUUCUGUAUUCUUGAUAAAGACAGAUGUGUCAAUGAAAAAGACACUAACUGGCUGACAUUUCACAAAUCCAUUUGAGAUAGUUAGUGCACGCGGCAUCAUUCCAACCCUUAAAGGGGUUGUUUCUGGGGUAGGUGGCCACACAGUCCUCACCGCCCGCGUUAUUGGGCUCCCUAUCAUUCCAGUAGCUGAAAC